AUGGCGAUUUUGGAGCCCGGUGCAGAACUGGCCUCAGGAACUCUGGCCUUAGGACCCCUGGCAUGCACUCACCUGUCUAUCUGUCCAUCCAUCUAUCCAAUAGCCCGUCUAUCCGUCCGUCCAUCUGUCCAUUCGUCCGUCCAUUCAUCUGUCCAUUCGUCCGUCCAUCCGUUCAUUUAUCUGUCCGCCCAUCCACCCAUCCACCCAUCCGUCCAUCUGUCCAUCCACCCGUCCAUCCAGCCAUCAGUCCAUCCAUCCAUCCAUCUGACCACAUCCCCAGGACUGUCCGGAGGGCAGGGGCACCUGCGAAUGUCCAGCAAGAGCCGAACACCAGCCCGAGCCCCUGUCCCCGUGCGCUUCCCUCUGGCCUUUUCUCAGACGUUUGCAGCGCGUUUUUGCUCGGUUUAUUGGAAGUUCAGUGGAACUUUAGCUGCUGGAGCUGUCACUCUCUGGAGCCACUUUGACUUGCCCUUGUCCCUCCUGACCCUUGAAGCAGCUCACAGAGGUGGUGUCGUCCUCAGCGCAGGGUUCCAGCAAACCCACGGUGCGGACUCAGCAGGUGGCCGCAGGGCCCCUGUUGCCAGAGUCACCGGGAUGAGCUUCCCCGCGUGCGGGAUCGGCUUACCCCGCGCCGCGGUGGCCUCCUGCAGCGUGUCCCGGAGCUCACUUUCCCUUUUCGUCUACACCACAGAUCUUCAGCUGUAG